AUGGCGGCCGCCAUACGUGAAGCAAAAGGUCUGCUUCGUCGUGAAAUUAAACAACGGUUAGCUUCAUUGUCAAGCGAAGAAAAGAAACGGCAAUCGGAUUUCAUUACACAGAAGGUUAUUUCACAUCCAGUAUAUCAACAAAGCCAACGUAUCUCGGUCUACCUCAGCACCUCAGAUGAAGUAAACACAGAGGGUCUUCUAGAACACAUGUUUGCAAACAAUAAGAAAUGUUUCGUUCCUCAAUACAUUGGGCCUAGGAUGGACAUGCUGAAGCUUCACUCCAUGGAUGAUUAUGCCACGUUGCCGUUGACCAAGUGGAAGAUAAAGCAACCAGGGGAGGGGGAGGAUAGAGAAGAUGCUCUGUCUACAGGAGGGCUUGAUCUGAUCAUAGUUCCAGGUCUCGGUUUUACUCAUAACGGAGACAGACUUGGGAAAGGCAGAGGAUAUUAUGACAAGUACCAGGAACGUUGUGCACAGCAUCCUAUCGGUAAGCCUAAAACAAUCGCAUUGGCAUUCAAAGAGCAGAUAUGUGGCAGUGUACCGGUGACAGACGAGGAUGUGCAAAUUGACUUUGUUGUCUUUGGAGAUAUGGAAUAAUAUACAAACAUAUAACAUGGUUUGAGGGUGACUAGUCGAUAUUAGCUCCCCAAGGUAUUGGAAGCCAAAUACUGAGGGGAGCUCAUCGACUAGUCACCCGAAACAAACCAUGUUACAUUUGUUUGACUAUACUUCUUACAUAUGCAGUUACCGGAACAUGAGUUUUGAGCAAGAGAAAAUGAUGACUGUGAAACAAAAUUUUGUUCAUGUGUUGGAUGUCGCUAAGAGAGCGCUGUUCGUGCGUGUAUACAAAACUUACAGUACCACGAUCGUACAUCGCAUGACCAGUAGAACAGCACCCAGGGAUGACGUCGCACAAUGGUUGUGCGCAUGACAAGUUGGAUAGCUCCCGGGUCAUGCGCAUUUACCACUUGCGCGCGAGAAUACUCACGUGCGCGCUUGGUAAUUAACAAAAUUAACACCUGGCGCGUGGUGACGAAUGGACCAAUGAGAACUCGACUCUCGGUCAUGAAUAUGUAUGAGGUAUAGUGAUACUGUAUAGGGACUUUUGGAGCUGAAGAAGUGGUUGUAGUUUGAAUCUUGAGGUCAUUUGAUUAACUAAAUGCCGACUUCUUUGCAAAUUCGUGUAAUUUUAAUAUAGUAUUCAAAGUACUAUUUUUAUGGAGGGCAGACAUAUUUUAGUUACAGCGGAAAUCUGUUUGAGAGGGCAAGGCCACUUUCAUUUUGCAAAAAGCGAAAGUGGGCUUAAAAUUAGUUCCAUGGACGAACAUUUUAAAACACAAAGUAAGUUUUAAAAUGGGUUUUUAUAGCUGGUAUAUGUAUAGGUAUGUGACCUUUUGGAUAUUGGGAGGGAGCUCUACUAUACAGACUUUUUAUCUUUAACCAAAUCUACUAUAAUCUGCAACUAAACUUGGUUGAUUUGGACUGGCUCUUUGAGUUUAAAUAUAAAAUGCUUCUCAUUAAUUAUUAGUUUUAUUUUGAUAGAUUAUUGAUUGCCUAAUUGAGAUCCUUAUUUUUUAUAUAAAAUAUUUUUAAAAUUCACCAAGGAUUCAAACAAAAUGUUGCCAUGUAUAAUUUAUAACAAAUAUGUUUUAUUUCCUUUACAAAUUUCAUAAGUAACCAUUGUACAGACCACUAACAAUAAAAAUAUUAAAUUGUACAAUGACUUAAAAUAGAAACUUAAACAAUCAUGUUUUAAUAUGUUUGAUAUUUUAAGGAGAGUAAUAAAAAGCAAUAUCCAUUAUUUUAUUCUAGUUUUUUGAUAUCGCUUCCUGGAUCACUAGAAACUUGAUCUGCCAAUCAAGUUUUUUAUCUUUAUAAAUGUACAGAUGUAAAAAAAACCAUGCCACACAAUAUUAUUAUAAAACAUCUUUGACAACUUUCUCAGGGGCCUGCCCUGCCCAUUCUUGACUUGCAUUUAUAAACACGAGUAUAGAUUGCAUGAAUAUAUUCCAGUUAUUAACAAACACUAUCUUUUUAAUACAUUGCGUUCAUUUUUCUUUCGAAUGAAGACAUUUUUUGUUGAGGAUUGAUACUAGUAGAAACUUGAUAAUCAGUGAACUGUCAGAUUGAAAUCUUCUCAAUUUGUUGUUGUUGUUAUUAUUGGUUUUUUUUUUACACUAGCAUUGUACUUCGUCUCUCAGGGGAAGAGUACAAUUGAAUUAUAAAAUAUUUGUAGUAUAAUCAGUUACUGAUAUAUUUUUCUUUUCCAUUCUUACUUGUUCAUCUGAUGUUUUGUUUGCAGCCUCAAAUUCGCCGAGCUUUUUGGCACUCUUAAUGCCGAGUACUCAGUCUAUCCAUAACA